AUGCCCGAAGAUGACCCUCUGGCAUUAUUCCGCUUGAUGCUUGGCAUAACAGCAUCUCCCCAACUUGGAUUCAGUGCCAGUGGCCCGACCGGAACACGUCCCGCAGCCAACAUUGGUCUCUAUGCGCGCGUUGUGGAUUCCGAGCAGAAGGCAAAGGACAGCUACAAAGUCUUUUCAGUGGUUAUAAACGGCUGCUACUUCCUACAAAUCAUUAUUGCUGCUGCUCUGACUGCUCUAGGCGCGGCGAACGCGAACAACAAGGCCAUUACAGCUUUCGGAGCCCUAAAUACUGUCAUCGCGGGCUUCCUCACCUUUCUCAAGGGUUCUGGCUUGCCUGGCCGGCUCAAGUAUUUCGGAAAUGAGUGGAAGAAGAUCAGAGAGUUUAUUGAGCAGCGUGAGCGUGACUUCUCCCGUCAUAAUUGUCCCCUGGACGUUCAUGAAGUGGUGGCAACCAUCGAGCAAAUGUACGCAAACACGAAGCAGGAAAUCGAGAUGAACACUCCAGACAGUUACAAUUCGGUCACCAGCAUGCGGUUAAUGGGUGGAGGCGGGUCCGACAAGAUCGGUGGUAUCGACGCCUCUAAAAUCGACGGCGUAAUGAACAAACUAAAGAACCUUGACGGUACAAUCGGCAAUCUGAAGUCCCAGUUCGAAAAUAAGACACAUCAGGUUCACGAAACCGCACACCAUCUGCAAGACGAUGAAAAGCAUGUUGAAGAGGAGAUUCGAUACCGUAGGAAGGCCCUUGUGAGCGAGAUAGAAGAGGAAAAGCCACGACUAACCCGAGAGGUGUCGUACGCUAUGGAUGAAGCCGCAAGGCAAGUCAGAAACGAAAUCAUGGAAAGAGGAACACACGCAGUAACAGACGCGCGGGAUAUGCAAGAAAGGGCGUGGGAUGAUGCAAGAACAGGGAUAGCAAGACAAGUCAGGAUAACUGCGGAUGAGAUUGAUGAACCAAAGAAACAAGGCGAUUUGCGAGAGCACUAA